CAUAAAAUGUUAACCGAUUGAGGAUUUCCCCUUCUGAAAAUUUGGUUUGGAAUUGUUGAUAUUUAAUUAAAUUAAGCGGAAAUAUACAGAGAUACUGUAGGUGGCAGCAUUAAGGGUAGUAGUUACAAUAUCCAUUUGUUUCAGCUAUAAACAAUUUUAUCAAUUUAAAUACAUGUAAAAUCAUCACAAAUAAUCUGGAUUUUGAUAUGGUUCGGAUGAAAAAACAAAAAUAAAUUCAACUGAUUUCUGCCAAGAUUUCAACCCAUUUUAAGCUCGACAUCACGGCAAAUCAAUUUUAAAGAUGUCUACAAAUUGAUAUAAUUAAGUUUUUUUUAAUACUGUUUCAAAUUUAUUUGAAGACCAACUCAGCCCCAACAUUGCCAAGGUCUGUAACUCUAUUGAAUCAUACUGCAAAAUCACGAUAUAAAAAUUAAUUUUUUAUACUAUAAAAGAAAAAGAAAACCACAAUGUACAAAGACUAAACAGGAUAUUACUUAUUGUAGCAGGAAAAAUGUUGGGAGCAUAUGUUGAAUGCGUUUACACAAUAAAAUAACUUCAACAAUAGCUCAAAGCAUGAGUGACAAAUUAAGCAAUUAAAAACACAACAAACAGGAUGAAUUUUCAGGAUGUGAGAUUUAUUUAUAAACGUGUCACUUUAUUAAUAUGCUCUACUAGUCCAAUAAAUCUGUAUACUGAAAACUCGAGCAUCUACAAAUAAAUUAUGAACUGUGCCUUACUUAUGUUCUUUAUUAGUGUAUGCAAAGCGCAAAAACAUUUUAAAGAACAAUUCUCCUGGUGGAACAUUGAUUAUGAUUUUCCAAAUGGUGAGGAAAAAAGAAAAUUUAUAGAGUCCGGAGCAUACGUUCAAGGAAACAGCUUGAUUUCUAGUAUUGAUAAAUGGUAUGACAAAAUUUUUUUGGCAGUACCACGUCUUAAAAAUGGUGUUCCUUCAACACUAAACUACAUAAGCACUGCAGAUGCCUAUACAAAAGCCCCUAAUCUCAAACCUUAUCCAUCAUGGGACUUCAAUGAAAACACAAAUAAAACUUUAAAAGGUAAAAAAAUGGUAUCUGUCAUUAGUCUCUAUGUUGACAAAUGCAGUAGACUUUGGGCUCUUGAUACUGGAAUAGUGGAAGAGUUGAAAAUCAAGAAAUCAGAAUCACCGCCAUCACUGCAUAUAUUUAAUUUAAAUGAUGAUAAAAUAAUACGGAGAUAUGUACUAAAAGAAGAGGACUACAAGUGGGAUUCAAGAUUCACAAAUAUAGUAGUUGAAAACAGCCAUGGCAAUUGCGAAUACUCUUAUGCAUAUCUGGCCGACUCUAAAAACGGCCUUGUAGUGUACAAUUGGGAUCGUAAUAAAUCGUACCAGAUAAAGCACAAUUAUUUUUCAUUUGAGCCGAUCUGGGGCAUUCUAAAGACUGGCUCAGGGAGAACAAUUCAAGUUGACAACGGGAUCCAAGGCAUGGCGUUGUUCAUGAUGGACUUAGAGGGUUACAGGAAACUCUUUUUCAAUCCGAUGGCCGGCAUCAAUGAAUUUUCGGUAUCGACGAAAAUUCUGCAGAACAAAACAUGGGCAAUGGAUAGCAUCGACGACUUCCACUUUGUGGGUGAGCGAGGGCUAAACUCUCAAUCAUCAGCUAGCAUUUUUGACCAGGACACAGGUGUUUUAUUCUACACUGCUUUCACUAAAAAUUGCAUUAUGUGCUGGAAUUCUUUUAGAGGAGUUGAAUUUUCUGCGGAACACCAUGGAAUCGUGGAUCAGUUCCAGACCGUCCCAGGCUCAUACCUAGCUGACAUCAAACUAGAUUCAAACGGAAUGCUGUGGAUCCUUACCAAUGAUCUGCUUGAUUUCCUGUACGAAAAGAACUACAGUAAAAUCCCAUACAGGAUAUUUUCAGGGGUUUCGAGACAAGUCAUAAAAGGCACACCUUGCGAGCCUCUUUGAAAUUGUUCUAAAUAAAUUAGUUUUUGCAUAUCAGUACCAGUAAAAAAAAGUACUUU